AUGUCUAACUUGGACUUGGAUGCACUGUUAAACAGUGCACUCGAUGACUUGGAAGUCUAUGAAAAGAAGAAGAAGGAGGAUGGUGCCGCGGCAACUGCAACAGCCGCAGACACCCCUGCAACUCUGAAGCAAACAACAACAACAACAGUGGCAACAGCAUCAACUUCAUCAACUCCAUCUACACCUAUAUCAACUACAUCGACAACUACAACAACAACUACAUCAGCAGCAGCAUCAAGUAGUAAUGCAGCAGCAGGCAUGGGCAACAUGAUGGACAUGUUCAGCCAGAUGUUCAAUGACAAGAGCAUGGACGACUUGAUAAAGAAUAUGGGUUACGACAAGAUGGAGGACAUGAUGAAGGAUAUGAAUGAUUAUAUUGGUAGUGCAGGUGGUGAUGGAGACGACUCGGGCAGCAAUCCCGCCGGCACCGCAUUACCCGCCGUCCCCGGCAUGCCCGAUGGCAGCAACUUUGAAUCGAUCUACGCUGGCAUGAGCGAGAGCGAGAAGAAGGAGAUGGAGGAGAGCUUUGGCAAGUUCAGCAAGAUGUUCUCUUCGAUGGCUGGCGACUCGACGUCGGCGGCCGGCAUCCCAAACAUGCCUCCCGCUGCCGCCCAACAACAACAACCAGCUGGCAUCAACUUCAAGGACUUUGAGAGCAACAUCUCUGGCAUGCUCAAGGGUUUGGCCGACAAUGCCGCUCAACAAGGUGGCAAGCAAUCAUUCGAAGAUGACAUGAUCAAACAGUUUGCCUCAAUGAUGGGCAGUGGAGGUGAAGGAGGUGGCGAGUUCAACGGCAUGGCCGAUGGUAUCAAUGAUUUCUACGAUGACUCAAUGAAGUACAUCGUUGAGAAGUAUCCUCAAUGGAUUGAAGAGAACAAGGAUAAAUAUACUCCAGAGGAGAUUAGUAACUUCUCUAAACAGAAUGAUGUGUUCCAGAAGUUGUACAAGUCUGGCGAGGAUGUAGGCCAGGAGGAGAUGUAUGACAAGAUAUCAAUGCUUGGUCAGCUGCCUGAGGCAUUUUGCGAGCAAUACUGUAAAGAAAUACAAGAGCGCAUGGAGAAGGACAUGGCUGCCGUGGCACCAACUCAGCCCGGGCCACAAUGA